CUGGAGAAGAGACCGCGCUGCAGUGGCUCCCCUGGUGCCCACCCCCUGCCUUCGAAAGCAGCCUUGGACAUCUGCUCCCUGUUUCAGCGAGGACUCCAGGAUCCCUUUCCUCUGGCCCCGACACCUGGAUCUCAACUUUGAAACCAGCCCUAGGUCCCUUCCUUUGGGUGCCUGAUAUCGCCCAUAGGGACCCUCGUCCUGGGCCAUGGCCCAGAGAGUGGGUCUGAGGCUUGGGCGACAGGAGGCCAUGGCCAUUCUGCUUUUGCUUGGAUUAUUCCAGUCCUGCAUGGGAGCUGAUGGGGCCGAAGCAGCCAUCUGCGGCGUGGUCUCGCAAGCCCGAAUCACAGGUGGCAGCAGCGCAGUCCCCGGCCAGUGGCCCUGGCAGGUCAGCAUCACCUACGACGGCACCCAUGUGUGCGGCGGCUCUCUCGCGUCUGAGCAGUGGGUGCUGUCAGCAGCUCACUGCUUCCCCAGGGAGCACUACAGGGAUGGCUAUGAGGUCAAACUGGGGGCCCACCAGCUGAGUUCCCACAGCUUUGACACCGAGGUCCGCACCGUGGAUCGGGUCAUCCUGCACCACAGCUACCAAGAGGAGGGCUCCCAGGGUGAUAUCGCGCUCCUCCAUCUCAGCAAGCCCGUCACCUUCUCCCGCUACAUCCGGCCCAUCUGCCUCCCUGCCGCCAAUGCCUCCUUCCCCAACGGCCUCAUGUGUACUGUCACUGGAUGGGGCCACGUGGCCCCCUCAGUGAGCCUCGAGCCUCCCAAGCCACUACAGCAACUCCAGGUACCGCUGAUCAGCCGGGAGACGUGUAACUGUCUGUACAACAUCAAUGCAAAGCCCGAGGAGCCCCACACUAUCCAGCAGGACAUGGUGUGUGCUGGCUAUGUGAAGGGGGGCAAGGAUGCCUGCCAGGGGGAUUCUGGGGGCCCACUCUCCUGCUUUGUGGAGGGCCACUGGUACCUAGCAGGCAUUGUGAGCUGGGGUGAUGCUUGUGGGGCCCCCAACAGGCCAGGUGUAUACACUAUGACCUCUAGCUAUGCCUCCUGGAUUCACCAUCAUGCAGCAGAGCUCCAGCCUCGUGUGGUGCCCCAAAUCCAGCCGUCCCAGCCUGAUGACCACCUCUGCAAGAGCUCUCCACCCUUCAACUCUGCCUCAGGCCAGCGCCUGGGAGGGCCCAUUAUUCUGCUGCCAUUAGUUCUGAGCCUGGGCCUCCUCCCGCUGUGGCACAGGCACUGAGCAACUGCCCCUGGGAGAUGACCCUGCUGCCGGGACUUCCACUUACACUCAAGGACAGGCCACCAUCCCCAGGAACAGAUCUGGUACUCUUUGGGCCUUCCUCCCAGGGCCCUGUGGGAUUCCAGCGUGCCACCCUGACCCACUCUUUGGACGACAACCCAGCCAGGAGUCUGUCUGCCUGUGGGAUCGGUGAGGACUUCUGCCGCCCCCACCUGCUGGCCACGAGCCUAUUGGUUGGGCUCCUAUGGAGCCCCUGAAGGAUCCUUAGCUAUGAAAUUGGGUGCGGCUCCCAGCCUGUUUCUAGAAGAUUGGGCUGCUGAUUGCUGCUUGAAAGGCUGGCUCCAGCACCCCCGCCUGCAGUGCCCAAUGAGCCCCUUCACUUUACCUUCUUGACUUCUGGCCUUGGGCUGCCUCUGGGCAGCUGUCUUCAGGCACAGGAGGCCCCAGUCUUGCCCCCUGGGCUGCCAGGCCCCCUUGAGCCCUGACUCCCAGACUCCGGAGGACUGAGCCCCCACCGGAACUGGGCUUGGACUUGGAUCUGGGGUGGGGGCAGAAGGAGCAAGGAGUAAAAUGUUUUGAGCACCACUGGCUCUGUGUGUGACGUGAGAUGAAGAACAUCAGCUGUCGGCGCCUCCCUCCCACCUCCAAAGUCCGGAGCCACCGACAGAACUGACUUUAUUAAAAAAACGACGGAACACGUCUGUACA